GGAGUGCAGGACAGAUUCUUGGAUGAUGGCCGAAAGCUGACGACUAAAAUUGUCAAAAGCCAUUCGAAAUGUUUCGUAGAAUGCUCGCUAGACUGCCGUUGCAUGUCGUUUAGUGUUUGCGAGAAUUCAUGUCAGUUGAAUGCUGGAAGUCGUACGUUGGUGACAAAUUCAAUGCGACGUAAAGCUGGGUGUAGUUACUAUGAUUUUCCCCCGUUUGAG